CUCUCGCGGAGCUUGAAGGAGCGCUCGGGACCCGCGGCGGUCUCGCGGUGCCUGGGCUGGAGGUCGUUGGAGUCACUGUCGCGCGCCAGUCAUGCUGCUUUCCCGCCUCAGCGGCCCCGCCGCCGCGCUCCGCAGGGGCAUCGCCACCUCAGCGCAGAGCAAUGCUAAAGUGGCAGUGCUUGGUGCUUCUGGAGGGAUUGGCCAGCCUCUUUUCCUGAGCCAUCUCAGCCUAUAUGAUAUUGCUCACACCCUUGGUGUUGCAGCUGACCUUAGCCACAUUGAGACAAGAGCCAAUGUCAAAGGGUUCAUUGGAUCUGACCAGUUACUGAAGCUGUUUCAAAAGGGCAACUUUGACGUGAUCCAGGAAGAAGUAGGCAAGAAUUUGCUGGAGUUUGACAUAGGGAUGUAA